AUGGCAGGAUCCAAACAGACUGAAACUAUCAAAGGGGAAGUCAACGAUAUUGUCCAAUCAAUUAGAAGCAAAGAAAAUCCAACUGAAUUUACCCAAGAACCAGUGAAAUUGGUUCUAGAAAAUAUCGAAACUUCAAAUACAACCGAAAAUGAAGAAAUAAUUCCAGAACAAGAAGAAAAGGAAGUCGUCAACCAAGAGCCUGUGCUAGAGUCAAUAUCGAUUGAUAACAUUUUGAUCAGCGAAAAACCAAAAGAUGAGACAUCUCAAGAUUAUGCUAUAAAACAAAUAGAAAAGUCCGAACUAUUAUACAAAAAGCUCGGAGUUGUUGCAUAUAAUAACGUUCCCUUUUGCGGAAUCUGCAGAGAAAACUUUUCUACUUCAAUGGAGCUUUUAAUCCAUUGUUUCGAGAAACAUCCGUUCGAACUAACCGACGAACUACGCAACUUAUCAUAUCUGCUAGGAAAUUUCCCAACAUAUCCAACAGAUUCCCAAAUUUACGAAAAAUCCGUUGAUUUACACUUUGAUUUAUUAUUUAAACCACCAAUCGAGAUACCAGAAAAGCCUACAGCCGAGUUAUUCCUUAACGUUCCACGAUUUUUCGGUGAAUUAAUUAUAGAAUUAUUUGGCUGCGACAUUCCUGAAGAAGAACGCUGCAGAAUACCAAAAUCCAACUGGAAUGAUGAAGUAGUGUGGCUACAACUCCCUUACAAGAUCCCAUUCUUGUUUAUGACGAACGGAAAUAAAAUGAAAAUCGGUUUUAUCGAAACUCCACAAGUUUCUGCCGAAACAGCACGAAGUCUCUUGAAGUCCGUACUCAAUGUAAUCUCAAAGAACCAAUUUUUGGUAAUUCAACUGAAUAAUAUUGCCAAAAGUUCGUUUUCUAUCGAUGACAUCAAAUCAUUGAGUUCAACAUAUGAUGUAAGGAUCUUAGUUAAGCGAGAUGAUCACAAUAACUCCUCAUCAAUAAUUUUAUUUAUUUAUUCGACCAACUGGACAACGGAAAGGGCCAACACAAUAACAUCUGUUAUUAAUGAGUACUUUAAGAAGUCAAUUCUUUAUCAAUGCACCAUUUGUAAAGAAUUUUUCAAACUUGGCGAACAAACUCUUUGCACAAAUGCCCAAAUGGGUGUUCUUGUAAUCAGCCGCAAAGUUCCUCAUAGCCCAUCUGAAAAUCCAGCUUCUUCAAUGACAAGUGAGUUAUUGAAAUCAAUGGAUGUAAUUAAGAAGUUUGAGAUAUAA